GAGUCAUCUUAGUUCGAAUUCCAACUGUCAACCGUGCAGUCCAGUUCCCGCGAUGGAACUGUUAACAUUAAGUUACUUGCUGAUUACAAUCCUGAUUUGCGGUGCUCGUGCGAAAGAUCCAAUAAAUGAAAUUGUGCCCUCUUUGGAAUCGCCGAAUUCGAAUAAACGCGCAAUUGAUACAUCAUAUUUUUUACCGCGCAACAAAACAGUGCCAUACCACUAUUACAUUCAUCUCACAUCACACGUACAAAACAAUGAUCCAAUCUUCGAAGGAACGGCCGAAAUCUACAUUGAAAUCGUCGAACCAACUCAGGUCAUUACAAUGCAUUUGCAGGAGCUUAGUAUUAGUUCCACGGAGCUGAGCCGAAUUCCAAAUAAUUUGGGAGUUCCAGAAAUAAUUGACACUCCUUUGUACAGUAUCGAUACGAGGACGGAACUGGUGACCUUCACUAGUCAAAAUUUGAUACCGACAGGCAAGUACAUACUCAAGGUGGUCUACACGGGAACAAUGCGACGUUAUCAGAGUGGGUUCUUCAUCUCAUCGUACCGUGACGAGUCAAACAAUGUACACUACGUGGGAUCAUCGCACUUCCAAGCAACACUGGCCAGGCGUGUGUUUCCGUGCUUCGACGAACCUGACCUGAAGGCCACCUUUACCCUCGUGAUUACACACCACCAGACGUACAAUGCAGUUGCUAACACUUAUGCUACUUCGGUCGAUACUGACGCCAGCAAUGCAGACUACCUCGUAACGCGUUUCAAGACAACCCCACGCAUGUCCACGUAUCUCCUAGCAUUCGCCGUGACGGACUUUGAGUCAAAGACGAACGAGAACCAACAGGUUCUGGUUCGUUCGAAUGCUUUGGAGCAGGUCGACUUGACCUUGACAGCCGGGCCAAAAAUCAUUGCUGCUUUAGAUGAUCAUCUUGGCGUUAAAUAUCAUGACUAUAUGGAAAAACUGUCACAUAUAGCCAUUCCGGAUCGGGGAACCGGCGCUAUGGAAAACUGGGGUUUGGUAACCUAUGGAGAGCCGGCAGUAUUGUUUGAUCCGGUUGUAAACAGUUAUCGCACCUAUAAACGUGUGAUUACGGUUGUUGCACAUGAAUUAGCGCAUCAAUGGUUCGGCAAUUUGGUUAGCCCUAAAUGGUGGGAUUAUAUCUGGUUGAACGAGGGCUUCGCAACGCUAUACGAAUACUACGCAACUACGUUGGCCUACCCAGAGUUGGACUAUCUGGAGCUGUUCAACGUUGAGGUCAUCCAGCGAUCGCUGGGUCAGGAUGCCAGCGAAACUACCCGAGCAAUGAACACUCCAGCGGCCUCUCAGGAUGAAGUCCAUGCUUUAUUCGACAUUAUUGCCUAUCAGAAGUCUGGUAGUGUUCUGAACAUGUUCCGUGUGAUUUUGGGCAACGAAAACUGGAAAAAUGCUUUAAAUAUUUACAUCGACGGUAGCAAGCUUGAUAGUGCAACUCCUGAUGAUUUGUAUGACGCUCUCGAUGAAGCAAUUAGUGAAAAGAAUGUUGUCCCUAAAACUCAUUCUGUAAAACAACUUAUGGAGUCAUGGACAAACGCUGCAGGAUACCCAGUUUUGAAUGUCCGACGAAACUACAAAUCCGGAGAGAUCAUAAUAUCCCAAGAACAAUUCUUCUCAGAUAAAUGGCUCCCGAAUAACCACGUGUGGCACAUUCCGUACAACUAUGUCGACCGGAAUAUUCGGGAAGCAGAUGAUGCUACUGAAUUCCUAUGGCUGACUAGCAAAGCCACCAAAUUAAUAACCAAUACACCAAAUACUCAGUGGAUUAUCUUCAAUCGCGAACAGUUCGGUUACUAUCGAGUGAAUUACGAUAAACAAAAUUGGGAAUUGAUCAUCGACACACUGCAUACUAACCCGCUAUCCAUUCAUCGCGCAAACAGAGCACAGCUAAUUGAUGAUGCAUUUAAUUUAGCACGUUCUGAACGUCUAGACAUGUCCAUCGCCCUAAAGCUCCUCGCUUAUCUACGCCUCGAAACCGAAUACGCUCCGUGGGCUGCCGCGAAUAACGUGUUGAACUAUUUCUACAAUAAGCUCCAGGGAACUGUACACUAUCAAGGGUUCGAAAACUUCGUCAAUGAAAUCGUGACGGACAUCUACAAAACUCUAGAAGUGGAUACGGUUUCAUCCGAGGAGACCACCCUUCACAAAUAUCUGAAACAAACGAUCUCCAGCUGGGCGUGUCGAAUGGGAAACCAAGAUUGCCUGGAUAGAACCUACGAGGCUUUGCGGCGUGAGGUCAACGAAGCAGUUGCCGUACAUCCGGAUGUCCUAUCAGUUGUGUACUGCUACGGCCUGCGGAAUGGCACAUAUCAGGAGCUGUCGUAUUUGGUUCCAAAAAUGGUUGGAUCGAGCAAUCAAGCACACCGAACUGAAAUCAUCACGGCACUGGGCUGUACCAAGGAUGUUCAGAGUAUAGCAUCGUUACUGACAAUUAUUCAGCUGUCGACCGUUAACUACCUAUCUACGGAGAAAACUCAGAUUGUGGAUGCGAUUGUGGCCGGAACGGGCUCUGAAGGACUGCAGGUUUUGAUUCAGUAUUUGACGAAUGUUAAUAAUGCCAUGGCAUUGUCAAGCACUAUUGGUGAAGGAUCGUUCCGAACGAUGAUUUUGAACAUCGCUUCGAGGUUAAACAGUGCUACAGAACAGCAGAUGUUGAAGCAAUUGCUUCCCACUUUGAGCAGCUUGAUUCCGACAGUUACAGUGGAUGAUGCACUUGCUAGGAUGAAAGCAAAUGACGAUUGGUUUAAUAGCUUGGAAGGAUUAUUGGCGGUUGAAUUUUUUGACAAGUAUUACAGCAAUGCAGUCGUGUAAGACUAUAAAUCAUAUUUAAUUAAA